GCCCCACUUCCGCUCCGGCCAGAGGAGGCGGGGCCUCGCGCUGACGUCACUUCCGGCCGGCCCUGGCCGAGGGAGCCGCACCAUGGCCCUCAAUGGAGCAGAGGUGGACGAUCUGACCUGGGAACCCCCUUCCGAGGCGGAGACCAAAGUGCUGCAGGCGCGGCGGGAACGACAGGAUCGCAUCUCCCGGCUCAUGGGCGACUACCUCCUCCGGGGCUACCGCAUGCUGGGGGACACCUGCGCCGAAUGUGGGACUAUUCUGCUCCAAGACAAGCAGAAAAAAUUGUACUGUGUAGCCUGUCAAGAGCUCAACUCCGACGUGGACAAAGAUAAUCCAGCUCUGAACGCCCAGGCGGCCCUCUCCCAGGCCCGGGAGCAUCAGCUGGCCUCCACCGCGGAGGCUCCCCCGGCCCCCGGCGCGGCCCCGCAGCCCCCCGUGCCCCGGCCCGAGCACUGCGAGGGGGCGGCCGCGGCGCUGCGGGGAGCGGCCCGGGGGCGGUCCGCCCCGACCCCCCCUUCCCCGCCGCCGGCCCCGGAGGUGCUGGCGGCCGCGCAGGCGGCCCUCUUGCAGAAACUGGGCUGGGCGGCGGCGGAGCUGGGCUCCGCCACCUCCUUGGAGACCAGCAUCCAACUGUGCGCCCUGGUCCGGGCCUGCGCCGAAGCCCUGCGAGGCCUCCGCCAGCUGCUGCCCUGAGGAGGGAGGCUCCGGCCAUCCGGUCCGUCCACCGGCUUGGGACGGUGUCCAUCCUGCGCCCCGGACCCCGCCACCGGGAGGGAGGGAUCCGGCCGGAGGGAGGGAGGGACCUCGAGAGAAAAGCACCGAGAAAAACAGCC